AUGCUUCAGUACAUCUCAGAAACAAAACGAGAGGAACUAUGUGGCAGAUUUUCUUGGAUUGAGACUAGAUCUGAAAAAAGUGGCUGCUUUUUCUGUGUGUUUGCCGUGCUGAUACACAAAGUGUGUCUACAGGUCACAGUAGAGGGUGUUAUCGGCGGUUCUGUUGUUCUGCCGUGUUCUUCAACUCAACAGGAUCUUAAACUUCAAGACAUCAGUGUGCAUUGGAGACACAAUGACACUGAGAUCGUGUAUGAUAUAGUCAAGGGUGAAGAUGUAGUAUUGGUACAAAACACAAGGUACAAGAACAGAGCUAAAACUUUCUCUGACGAGUAUCUGAGAGGAAACUUCUCCAUCAAACUCAACGAUCUUCAACACACUGAUGGAGGGAAGUUCAGCUGCCUCAUCACACCCUCAGAUGAACAGGAAACUAUACAACUGAACAUCGAGGAAUUAACAGCAGGAAAAGGAAACAAAUCUAUUGAACAAGCAAACCAAGGAUCAGCCCAGACAAACACUGGCAUAAUAAUCUGUGUUGCUGUAAUAUUAAUUGUAUUAAUUUUAAUAUCUGCAAUGGCCUAUUUCAUGUAUCGCAGGAGAGGAAGAUUUCAGGCAGCAGUAUAGAAGUAACAAAGGCAAAAUGAAGGUUCACUUUCUCUCAUUCUGACUAUAUUCUAAGUCAA